GCAGAUGGCCCGGCAGCCAAUCAGAGAGCGGCAAGUGAGCAGGGAGCUGCACGCCGAUUGGCCGCGGAGCCGCAGAAGCACCUCGCGCUUCCCCAUCCCUUUUUGGUUUUGAUGCGACACAGCUUUUUCUCUUGUCUUUUAUUUUCUGUUAAAGCAAGACGAACGGCUGGCUAUCACAGCGUCAAAGGCGUCUUUAAUCCCGCCUUCGCAUUUUUCCGUGGUGGCCGAAGAGCAUUUAUCCAGCCAAACCUGACAGACACCAACCGCGAUGACGGAAGCGGAGGAGCCAAAACAGAAACAACAACAACAGCCCGCAUCCAGCAGCGACUCUCCGAUGGAGGCCCCCUGCAGGGAAGACGUGUUCGACCACACAUACGAGGAGAAGCAAGGCCCCAAGCCGCCGAGGAUCGUCGUGUGGAGGAACGUUAUCCUCAUGACCCUGUUGCAUAUAGGUGCCCUGUACGGCGUGCUCCUCGUCCCCAGCGCCUCGCUCGCCACGCUGUUGUGGUCCGCACUUUGCUUUUUGAUAAGUGCUUUAGGAGUGACGGCAGGCGCUCACCGCCUGUGGAGUCACAGAUCCUACAAGGCCACUCUACCUUUAAAGAUCUUCCUGGCCGUGGCCAACUCCAUGUCCUUUCAGAACGACAUCUACGAGUGGGCCCGCGACCACAGGGUCCACCACAAGUACUCUGAGACGGACGCCGACCCGCACAACGCCGUGCGCGGCUUCUUCUUUGCCCACAUUGGCUGGCUGCUCGUGCGCAAACAUCCCGACGUUAUCGAGAAGGGACGCAAGCUGGAGCUUCACGACUUGCUGGCUGACAAGGUGGUCAUGUUUCAGAGGAAACACUACAAGUUGUCGGUGCUGCUCAUGUGCUUCUUCGUGCCAAUGUUCGUGCCUUGGUACUUUUGGGGCGAGUCCCUGUGGGUGGCCUACUUUGUGCCGGCGCUACUGCGCUACACACUGGUGCUCAACGCCACCUGGCUGGUCAACAGCGCCGCGCACAUGUGGGGCAACCGGCCGUACGACGAGGGCAUCAACCCCCGGGAGAACAAGUUUGUCACGUUUAGCGCCAUAGGCGAAGGAUUCCACAACUACCACCACACGUUCCCCUACGACUACGCCACCAGCGAGUUCGGCUGCAAGUUCAACCUGACCACCUGCUUCAUCGACCUGAUGUGCUUCCUGGGCCUCGCCAAGGACCGCAAGCGAGUGUCCCACGAGAUGGUGUUGGCGCGAGUGCAGCGGACGGGCGACGGCAGCUACCGCAGUGGCUAAAAAAAAAUAAGAAGACGCGCCCAGACCCCGCCAAGCUUGAAACAGAAAAUAAAAACCUCCACAAGUCUUUUUUUUUGGAUGGCGUUUCAUCUCUUCAUCCACCACGUGGAGUCUUAAAUCGGCUUCACGGGAGGGAGGGGGGUGGACGCGACCAAAUUUUUGCUUGUUUUUGUGGUAUUUCGUAGCUGUAACUCAAAUUUGUGAAGCCGAUUUAUAAUAAACACGUUUUAGCUAAGCUCCCGGCCUUCUAACGUUCAAUUGGGCUUAGGUCUUUGGCAAAAGUGUUUGGGAUUUGAAGUGAAUUCAUUUGAGGAAAAAAAAUCUUUGCUGUGUUUUCAAAGUUCGCUAAAGUAGUCACAUUAUCCUACACAAUUAAUAAAGCUUGUAAGCGUUUGGUUGAAAAAAAAAAAAGACAA